AGCUGCGGGCAGGCGGGCUAGGGCUCGCCGCCGGCCAGACGCCGGUCUCAGCUCCGUGGGAGGCCAGGCUCGGCCUCGGCGCCGGCAGCAGCAUGAAGUGUCUGGUAACGGGCGGCAACGUGAAGGUGCUCGGCAAGGCGGUCCAUUCCCUGUCCCGCAUCGGGGAGGAGCUCUACCUGGAGCCCAUGGAAGACGGGCUCUCUCUCCGGACCGUGAACUCCUCUCGCUCUGCCUAUGCCUGCUUCCUCUUUGCCCCACUCUUCUUCCAGCAGUACCAGGCGGCCGCCCCUGGUCAGGAAGCCCUGCGCUGUAAGAUUUUGAUGAAGUCAUUCCUGGCCGCCUUCCGCUCACUGGCCACGGUGGAGAAGAGUGUGGAGAAAUGCUGCAUCUCACUGAACGGCAGGAGCAGCCGCCUGGUGGUCCAGCUGCACUGUCGAUACGGGGUGAGGAAGACUCACAACCUGUCCUUCCAGGACUGCGAGUCCCUGCAGGCCAUCUUCGACCCAGCCUUGUGCUCGCAUGUGCUCCGUGCCCCAGCGCGGGUCCUGGGGGAGGCUGUUCUGCCCUUCCCCCCCGCGCUGGCAGAAGUGACGCUGGGCAUUGGCUGUGGCCGCAGGGUCAUCCUGCGCAGCUACCAGGAGGAGGAGGCAGACAGCUCCAUCAGAGCCAUGGUGACCGAGAUGAGCAUCGGGGAGGAGGAUUUCCAGCAGCUGCAGGCCCAGGAAGGGGCGGCCAUCACUUUCUGCCUCAAGGAACUCCGGGGCCUCCUGAGCUUCGCGGAGUCCGCAAACUUGUCCCUUAGCGUUCACUUUGAUGCACCAGGCAGGCCAGCCAUCUUUGCCGUCAAGGACUCCCUGCUGGACGGACACUUUGUCCUGGCCACGAUGUCAGAGUCAGACCUGCACUCCCCAGCCCUGUGCUCCCCAGAGCCCCACAGGCUGGUGCCUCCCCUCCAGGCUCACAGCACGCCCCACCUGGAUGACUUUGCCAAUGACGACAUCGACUCUUACAUGAUCGCCAUGGAAACAACUGUGGACAGUGAGGGCUCCCGGGCAGGACCCUCCAUUCCCCUUUCCCCCGGCCUCCGGCCCCCCUGUAGCCCUGGCCCCUACUCUGAGGACAAUGAUGCCGAGCCCAGUACAGAGCCUGGGACUCCCCCACCCAAGAAGUUCCGCUCGCUGUUCUUUGGCUCCAUCCUCGCCCCUGCACACUCCCCUCCGGGCCCCAGCCCUGUGCUGGCUGAAGACAGUGAGGGCGAAGGCUGAACUGAGGACAAGCCUGUGUCCAGAGGCUCCGGACUAGAUGAAGCCGCAGCCGCCCGCUUCCCUGGGCAGCAGCCCGGAGAUAGGGCUGCUCUGCACCCGGCUGGUGGUCAAGGUGGGCUGUGCUGAGCUGAGCGCCGGUCCUGCUGCCACUCCAGGUGCCUCCUGGCUAUCUGGACUAGCCUGGGUCCCGUCUUCUCAUCAACUUCUAACCAAUCAUGUCUGUUCCUAGGCUUGGCACCGAGCUGCCCCCUGAUGGAAUGUCCCUCACCUAUUACCCAGCCCCUCUGUAGGCCUUUAGGCCAGACUCCAACCAUGUGGCUAGGGCUGGACACCUGCCUUCCCUAAGUGUACCUCCCUAAGACAAAAAUCACAGAGGGGCUCUUGGCCCCUGCCGGUCUACCU